AUGAAGGUCAAGGCCGCCUUUAGCCUGCUGGCCGUAACUGGCAGCGCGGCAUCGCUCACGACUGUGCAACCGGCACAGAAGCCCAACAUCACGAUUGUUCCCAAUGCAUACAUUAUUGAGUUUCAGCCAGACUUCCAUCCCUCUUUGCAACCUCAGCAACGCUUUGCCCAGACUCCUGUAGGCGUCAAAGCGGGCUACCAACUUCGCCAUGAAUUCAACUCCUUGGAUAUCUUCUCAGGAAUUUCGGUCUCUUUUCACACAGACGUCGACCUUGAGUCUGUCAGGAAGGCCAAUGGAGUAAAGAAUGCCUGGCAUGUGAUGAUUGUCCCUCCGCCUGAGCCGUAUUUUAGAAACGGUAGCCCAAAAGCCAAGUCGACCAGCGGCAGUAGCCAAUCGACCACUGGCAAUAGCAAUACAACUUUGCCCAAUCUACGAGGUGUUAGCGGCGUGAACCAGCCCCUUCUUUCUACCAACAUCCAGAAACUUCAUGACGAAGGCAUUCGAGGCAAAGGAGUCCAGAUCGGCAUCAUUGACUCCGGUGUCGAUUAUCGUCACCCCGCACUUGGCGGAGGCUUUGGACCUGGCCACAAGAUUGCUUUCGGUUAUGAUUUCGUGGGCGAUAAUUACACCGGCACCAAUACUCCCAUGCCGAGCCCUGAUCCGCUGGCAACAUGUCCCAGCGGUGGACAUGGAACUCACACCCUUGGAAUUCUGGCCAUGGAAGAUCCCGAUGAUGUAGGCUUUGGCCUUGUUGGAGGGGCUCCUGAUGCGACAAUAGGAGCUUACAGAAUCUUGAGCUGUCUAGGCUCUGGCACACCCAACGACAUUAUCAUUAGUGCAAUGCUUCGAGCCGCUGAUGACGGCGCGGAUGUGAUAUCCAUGUCCAUUGGAAUCAUCGGCGACCUAUGGGAAGCUCUUAACCCUUUCGACCCAGUGGUCACUCAGCUCGCACAGAAGGGAGUGGCGGUUGUGGCAGCCGCUGGCAACUUUGGCCCUGCGAUCUAUAGUGCAUCGAUUCCUGGUAUUUGCCAAGACGCGCUCAGUGUAGGGUCCGUGGAGAAUGCGGUAUAUCCGACUCAUUUCCAAGCCCAUGAUGAGAAAGACCGAUUGGUAGAUUAUAUAUCGGUACUCCCUUUUCCAGGAAAGAGCAAGCAGGACAUCUUCGUGCUUGGAACUGGGCUUGGAAUACCGAUCAAUGAUACUGUCGCCAGUGGCUGCUACCAACCAGCCUGGGAUGCAGCGGCUAAUGCAACUGUUGAUUGGAACACGACCAUAUUGUUGGUAUCUUGGGCGGAUGAUUGCGGUACUGGCUGGUAUCAAGCUCAGGAUUUGGGCGUCACAACCAUCAUGGCUUACCUCACAAGCGAAGAUCAGCUCAUCGAGCCAGAUGAGCCUGAAAACGACGGCAGCCCCGAAACCUUGUGGUUGACCUACAAUAGCUCAAAAGCAAUUGUGGAAAACAUUAAAGGCCUAUCACCCAACGAGACGUAUAGCCUGCAAUUCAUUUCAACAGGUUCACAAUCUCAGCAGCUCAUUGCUGACCCCCUAGGAAAGUUUGUGGAUUCAUUCUCGAGCCUUGGUCCUACCAUCGAGAUGACAAUGCAUCCUAAGGUCGCUUCGCCCGGAGGCACAAUUCUAUCAACAUGGCCGCUUGACGCGGGUGGUUACGCCAUUGUAUCUGGAACGUCCAUGGCAACGCCGCUCGCAGCUGCGAGUUAUGCGCUUCUCAAGAGCCAAUUCCCUCAUCUAACUGUUGCACAACUCUUUGAUCGUCUCAAGACUGCUGCUUCUCCGCUCCCAGAAUACAACUCCACAAUACCAUUCACUUCCACACUUCGCCAAGGUGCUGGACUGCUGGACGUUUAUGCUGCUGUCAAAGCUGAUUCAACGAUAAGUCCUUCGGAAUUCAGCUUGAGGGACUCUGCAAAUCCACCACCCCAGAAUAUAACCAUAACAAACGAUUCAAAACAGCCAAAUCAUUACACGUUUAGCCACGAUCCAGCUGCAUUUCUUCGAGCCCAUGAAAACUACCUGGCCGGCGAACCAAACUUUGACACCAAUAGCGCCUAUACUCCGCAUUCUGUCCCUGCGUCUGCUCAGUUCUCAACGACCAAGCUGACUCUCCAGCCCGGCGAGUCAACCACUAUUACAGUGCAUAUUACGCCUCAACCGGACAAAUAUCCGUACUCGACGCCCGUCUACAGCGGAUUCAUUAAGAUUUCCAGCGAUAACAAUGUGUACUCCAUUCCCUACAUGGGCUUGCCCUACAGCCGGGACGCUGUUGGCCCGAUAACACAGAAUGCCACGACGACAAUACCUUACGCUAGCCCGCAGGUCUUGUCUAUUCCAGGCGAUCAGCAAAGCGUCUUCUCAGCUCAGGCAUCUACGCCGAACAUCGACACAUAUUAUUGGAAAGCAAAUGCUUCCGAGUCUAUUGUCCCGUUCUUGAGGAUCGAUAUCGGCUUGCCGUCGGCGCACAUCCUCUACGAACUCGUCCCCGCUAACACCACUUUUAUCCCGACCAUCUAUGGUUUCGAUCCUUCCGUCAAGAUAGACUACCAAGACACGCCUCAGCCCAUCUUGCCUGGUUUCCUUGGAGUAUCGACUUAUGGCACAAUACAGGAAUACAAUCUGACUAACGUUAGAGGGUCUCCUGCGACUAGCUUCUUUUAUUUCUUUGAUACGCCGACGCUAUCGCACAAUGGCGUAACUUACAACAUCACCUCUGGAGAUUACCGACCUCUUGCUCGCGCGUUGAAGUGGAAUGGCAAUGAGACUAACCCUGAUGACUAUGAGUCGUAUCUCGGACCAGUCAUAAGGGCAAAUAUUCCCGCAGAUGUAUUUCCCAGUCGCUGA